AUGGAAAAUAAAAAGUUCAUGACAAGAGUUUAUACCUGGGGUGCAGGUGAUGCCGGCCAGCUGGGAGCAGAUACAGAAGAAGGAAUGAGUACUAAGCCAGUGGAGCUAGUGUACUUUAGCAACAAAAGAAUAACGGAGGUGGUUUGUGGGGGGAUGCAUUCACUUGCCCUCUCUAUUGAUGGGUCCCUUUAUUCGUGGGGGUGCAAUGAUGAAGGUGUGUUAGGCAGAUCUGGGGAUGAGGAGAAACCUGACAGAAUUACAUUCCCUGAGGAUGUAAAAAUUAAGAAGGCCGUGGCAGGGGAUUCAAUAUCUGCUGCUGUGGAUGAGAAUGAUAAUUUGUGGACAUGGGGACUGUUCCGUGGGCCAGGUGGUGUGAUUGGGCACUCUCUGAACAAGGACGGGUCUGUUUAUAAAAUGGCCAAAUCCCCUGUUAAAAUCAGUGGUAUUAAAGUGGCCUCUGUCCAGGCAGGGUGCAACCAUUUAGCAGUGGUGGAUAAUAAAGGCAAGCUGUACACCUGGGGAGAUGGAGAGAAUGGAAAAUUAGGAAGGUUAAUCAGCAGGAGAUCAAAGAGCACAGACUGUCUGUCUCCUAAGGUGGCUAUGGCAUCAGCAAGUGCUGUAGUGACAGGAGCAUACCACUCAUUUGCCAUUAAAAGAAUCAAUGGAAAGGGAGAAAAGAGUAAUUCUCUGGCAAAGCAGUGUCUUUAUACAGAAGGAAAGUUCUUUAAGGAUACUAAUGGGAAUGAGAUGUACUUAUACGACCAGAAGAGAGAAGAUCUGACAGCAGAUCAAAUGGAAGAAGGCAGGAAGAGAAAGGUUCCUUCUGGUUCAAAAUACAAGUACAUUAGAAUUACACCAGAAACACAGGUGCCCAGACAUAUCAUGUACCCACCUAAAGGGAUGACAUUGUACUGCAAUUCAAUGGGGGACCUAACACUUAACCCAAACAUGGGAAAAAAGAUAGUUCUUCCUACAACAAGAAUGCGAGUGCUUAAGACUGAUGUACCCGCGCCAGUGAGCAAUUCUUCAUCGGAUGAAGUGGCGCCUAUUACCAAGAGUAUUCGAGAGAUUGAAGAUGAGGAGGAGAAGGGCAAAAUCACAGAGGAAGAUCUGUGCCUGUAUGCAGAGUACUAUAAGCUAGAACCAGGAAAGGAGAAAAAGGUAACAAUAGUGAGUGAUGGCAUUGAGAAAGAAGUUGUAUUGACUGGGAAUAGCCGGAAGGUUGAAAAGCCAGCAAAGAAACCACGCAGUGCAGCAGCAGCAGAAAUGAUCCGGAAAGCUAAAGAGGCUAGCAUGAAGGCAAAGGAAGCAGAAAGCAUAGGCAGUGCCACAGGAAAGAAGUUGGAAGAGAAAGAGAAGGCCAAAAACCAUGCAGAUUCAGAUGAAGAGACGCAGGAGAGUGAAGAAACAGAUGCAAGCACAUCUGUUGAUAGUGAAGAAAAGAUGGAGACAGAGAAUGCGUUAAAGAGUAAAACAGGGAAUAAUAAUGAUGGCAAGACUGUUUCUAAUACAGAAGAACCGAGUAAACCAAAUAAUAUUGCAAAUACUUCACCUCACUCUACUGCAGACACAGGACAGAAAGUUGCCUCAGGCCCGAAGGAUAGUGCAAAACCAAGCAAAGGCACCCCAGAGGGAAGCAACAAAGUAGUUGACCCCGGGGCGGAUGCUAUUAAUGUAGAUAGUAAACAAGCCAGCGCAGAUGCAAGUACGCCUAUACAGAGGGAAAGAAAGAGGAAGAUUGGCAGUGCAAAGGAGGAAGUUAAGAGGAAGAAGCAGAAGAAUAAGAAGAAAACUCUGGUGAAAAAGGUGCCCCGGGACAAGCUGAUAGUGCCAGGCCAUGGCGGUGACUUUAUACUGUUUAAUGAGGUGCAGAGAAUGUUCUUGUUUGACCGGAGAAGAAAAGAUAUUUCAACAGCAGAGAAUUCAAAGAAAGUGAAGUUUUCUGCAUCUGGAGUCAAUAAUUAUGGCCAAGCACCGAAUGCCAGUGAAAAAGAAACAUGGGGCCCGUGGAUGGACUACUCCAAAGACGACACAGGACCAUCUACUUUUGUAAAAGGCAUGGGCGGUGAGCACAGCACACACGUUCUUGAUGCAAAUGGCACUCUCUGGGGCCUGGGAAGAAAUACCUUUGGCCAGCUGGGCAUUGGUGACAAUGAAAAUAGGACAGAAUUUACUAAAUGCGCCAUCUCAAAUGUGGAUGAUUUUGCAAUUACAGCCUCGCACGGAAUGGCUAUGUCGCAGGGCAGAGCAUACACCUGGGGGUUCGGUGAAGAAGGACAGCUGGGGUAUGAGGCAGAUAAAGAAGUCUCCCCAAAAGAAGUGGCUUUUGGAAAUGAGAUCGUUAUUAGUGUCGGAGCAGGUGGGCAGCACUCUGCCAUUGUUACCGCAGUGGAUGUGACAGAAAACACAGAAUUAAGCAAUCAAGAUGUAAUUUUCGGAGUAAAUUACUCGGCCAGUACGUAGUGGUGGGUAAUCAUAACAAGAAAAGAAAUAAACCAGGACAGCAGCAGAUAAUAAGGUACACAGACAAACCUCACUGCAGCAAAGUACGCUGUGGUGAUAUUAGUGUAGUAAUAGUAGUAAAAGGACACUAACUGUGAAAAUGCCUGUACACUCUGCUCUCCUGUGUCUUAUCCUAUUAUAAUAGGAGAAUUUAGUCCUAGCUUAAUAAUAAGUGUUCGCCUGGUCAUUCGCUGCUUUUACUACGUGACAGUUGAAUUAUCAGUGGAUAUGGGGUCUUUUGCACACAGGAUUCAUUAUGUUUGUUAUUAAUGACUGCCUUGUGGCUAGAGAUUAGACAGUGCGGUGAAGUAUACCGUGCUAUCAUACCCUAAACUCAGAUACAUUCACGUGUUCAUGAUAGUAAAACAGACCAUCAUUAAUAAAAUC